AUGGUUUCUGGGAAUUUGAAAUAUGACAAGGUUGACACCAGUACCGCCCCGGAUCCCGCUGAAUCGAGAAAGGUUUUGCGACUUGUUGAAACCAUCAUUGACGCUCUUCUCAGCCAGGACACAUACCAUCUGACUUACAGCAAUGUCGACCUGUAUUUGGCUUCAGUGGCUCGCAUACUCAACAUCUACGACUAUAACAUACCUGUUAUGGAGAAAGUACUUAGCUACAUACAUCUAGUACAUGACUUCCACGUGAAAAACUUAACGGAACCGGCUAGUGAUGAUGACAUCAUUAGUCAUAAACUUGAGACUUGGUGUUCUUUGACCAACUAUUUUGUGAGAUACAGACAUCAGGAGCCGCUUCUGUUCGAGAGAACUCCCAGCCUCAAGUCCAUCGUCCACAAGGACUUUGUGGCCAAAGGAGCCUGGCUGGAUGUCUUCAACUCCGACCGGUAUCUCCACAUCCACAUGGGCAUGGCUGAUGUCACCAUAGAUGUGGCUGGCCUGCUUCAGUCGCCGGCUUUUGACUACGUGUUGUACACAUUUGUCAACAUUGGA